AUGUCUUUGGAAUCCACCCCAACAGAAAUUCAGGCAAAAAUCUUGAAAAUGCUACCUGUAAAGCCAUUAACUCUAAUUCCGAUCUAUAAUGAAAAUCAUAGUUUGGUGCAACAAGAAUUUAUUCCCACUGUUCCUGACCUCAUUAAAAAUAUUGAUGAUACUAGUGUAGUUGGUAGCUCUCAUGGUUUACUGUGUUUUAACAAAAGGAAAUCUGGUAUUUCCGGUGCUUUAACAGAUACGGUUGUUCUUUGGAAUCCGUCAAUAAGGAAAUCCGUUGGUAUUCAAGUUCCAAAUAUGUAUGAUUCCCUUAAUGAUAUAUGCCAUAGUUUUUGGGAAGAUAAUAUAAUUGGUUUUGGGGUUUGUCCUGUCACUUUUGAUCCUACUAUUCUCAAGAUUGAAUGCAUUGAUUAUAAGCGGAAAUUGAAAGAUGUACCUGGCAUUAGCCUCACUUGGAAAGUUCGAGUUUUUACUUUGAGCACUGGGACUUGGAGUAUUCUAUCUACCAAUCUGCCCCGCGAUUCAAUUACACUUAGAUGGUCCCACGUGGUUAUCGACAGGUUUAUUUAUUGGGAUGCUUUUGAAAUUGGUGCAUCUCAAUCACAUUUUCUGAUAAUGUCAUUUGAUUUGACUGCCAAGGAAUUUAAACAGAUAAGUCUCCCAGAUAGCUUAACAAACCCGCUUUGUAGCAUUAAGAGUAUAUCUAAGCUACAUGAGUCUCUUGUUUUGUUUGAAUACCAUAGAGAGAUUGAGGAAGACGUGUCAGUUUGUUGUUUGUGGAUGAUGAAGGAGCAAGGUGUUAGUAGAUCGUUUACGAAGCUAUACAACAUCAACGUACCACAUGCCACAGUGAAGACAUUACUAGGAUUUAGGAAGACCGGUGAACUUAUACUGGAAACGCAAAAACAAAUACAACGAUGCUUUGCUGAACUUGAAGUCUACGAUCCCAAAACAGAAGCCAUUGAUAAUCUUGGGAUUGAUGGAGAUGAGUAUUCCUUCUUUAUGUGUUCUUAUAUGGAAUCAUUUCUCAUGAUCGAUCAUUUAGAUGGUUUUACAUAUUCCAUUAGUAAUUAA